CUCCGAUCCCAACCUCUGCGUCUCGAUCCAAAUCGAGAAGAGCUCGAGAGGGAGUGAGAGGGAGUAAUGGCGAUCCGGAGGAGGCCGCCUGUCGUAGCCGCCAUCGCGGUGGUGCUCGCCGUCGCGUCGAUCGUCUCCGCCGAGGUGUACUUCGAGGAGCGAUUCGGAGAUGGAUGGGAGGAUCGAUGGGUCAAAUCUGACUGGAAAAAGGAUGAAAAUAUGGCUGGAGAUUGGAACUACACAUCCGGCAAAUGGACUGGGGAUCCAGAGGAUAAAGGAAUACAAACAGCAGAAGAUUAUAAAUUCUAUGCCAUUUCGGCACAGUUCCCAGAAUUCAGUAAUAAGGACAAGACAUUAGUUUUGCAGUUCUCUGUUAAACAUGAACAGAAACUUGAUUGUGGAGGUGGCUACAUCAAGUUACUUAGCGGUGAAGUUGAUCAGAAGAAAUUUUCUGGAGACACUCCCUAUGGCAUUAUGUUUGGCCCUGAUAUUUGUGGGUACAGCACCAAAAAAGUCCAUGCGAUCUUCUCACGCGACGGAAAGAACCAUUUGAUUAAGAAAGAUGUGACAUGUGAGAGCGAUCAGUUAACUCAUGUCUACACCCUCGUUGUUCGACCUGAUGCCACAUACAGCAUCUUCAUUGAUAACAACGAGAAACAAACUGGUAGUUUGUACACUGACUGGGAUAUUCUUCCCCCAAAGCAAAUCAAGGAUCCCGACGCAAAGAAGCCAGAAGAUUGGGAUGACAAGGAGUACAUCCCAGACCCUGACGACAAGAAACCAGAGGGGUAUGAUGAUGUUCCUAAAGAGAUUCCUGAUGUGGAGGCUAAAAAGCCGGAAGAUUGGGAUGAUGAAGAAGAUGGUGAAUGGACAGCCCCAACUAUUCCAAAUCCUGAGUACAAGGGUCCUUGGAAGCAAAAGAAAAUUAAAAAUCCUAACUACAAGGGAAAGUGGAAGGCACCAUUGAUUGACAAUCCUGACUUCAAGGAUGAUCCAUACAUCUAUGCUUACUCAAAUUUGAGAUAUGUAGGCUUCGAGUUGUGGCAGGUCAAAGCUGGGUCUAUUUUCGACAACAUCUUAGUCUGUGAUGAUCCCGAAUACGCAAAGAAAUUUGCUGAAGAAACAUGGGGCAAGCUCAAGGAUGCUGAGAAGGCAGCAUUUGAGGAGGCCGAGAAAAAGAAGGACGAAGAGGAAAGCAAGGAUGAUCUGUCCGACGUAGAGGAGGAUGACGACGAAGAGGAGGAUCCGACUGAUGAAGCUGAUUCUAAAGCUGAUUCAGAUGCAGAAGACGACAAGGAGGCAGCUCAUGACGAGCUUUAGAUGGAUGAGAUCAAGUUUUGGUUGAAGUAGACAGGAGAUUUGAUUUUGGAUGGUUGUUGAAUUUGAGCACAUAACGCAGUGGUUUUCUCUUUAUUGCUUAUUCGGCACUCAACUGUCUUCUAGAUCCAUGUACUGUGUCUUGUUUGAUUAGACCAUUGACUAUUUCUGCUCCUA